UUUUUUAUUAAUAUGCAAGUUUCCAAAAGAAAGAUUGACUUCCACUGGUACUUCCAUACCUGAGGUAUUCGUUAGUUAACCUCUGCCAAACAUCAAAUACUUGCAAAAGAGGGGAAUUCGCAAAAAAUGGCUUUAGCAAUAGAAAGAAUAGCAAAAUAUGCAAUUCCAAUUAGUAUUGGAUUUACCAUGCUCCAGUCUUCCAUUUAUGAUGUGCCUGGUGGAAAAAGAGCAGUAUUGUUUGACCGACUUUCAGGUGUUCAAAAGCAGGUUGUUCAGGAAGGAACCCACUUUUUAAUUCCUUGGGUUCAAAAGUCCAUUGUGUAUGAUGUUCGAACACGUCCCAGGAACAUUGCUACAACGACAGGUAGUAAAGACUUGCAGAUGGUAUCAUUGACUCUUCGUGUGUUACAUCGCCCUGAGAUUGGAAUGCUUCCUCAAAUUUACCAAAACCUUGGUUUGGAUUAUGACGAACGUGUGCUUCCUUCAAUUGGUAAUGAAAUUUUGAAAUCUGUGGUUGCUCAAUUUGAUGCGGCCGAACUUAUUACUCAACGUGAGGUUGUAUCUGCUAAAAUUCGUCAGGAACUUGUUCAAAGAGCCACUGAAUUCGGUAUUCGUUUGGAAGACGUUUCUAUUACUCACAUGACUUUCGGUAAAGAGUUUACUAAGGCUGUUGAACGAAAACAAAUUGCUCAACAGGAAGCUGAAAGAGCCCGGUUUUUAGUCGAGCAAGCUGAGCAAGAGAAACAGGCCAAUAUCAUUCGUGCCGAAGGUGAAGCUGAAGCAGCCGAUUUUGUCUCGAAAUCUCUUGAUAAGGCUGGUAAUGCUUUGAUUCAAAUCCGUAGCUUGGAAACGAGCAAACAAAUUGCUUCAGCUCUUGCUGAGAAGGGUUCUCAAGUAACAUAUCUUCCUUUUGGCGGAAAUGUUGGCGCAUCUGGCAAUGAGAAGUCAGGAUCAUCAAGUGGAUUUCUUUUGAAUUUGAAUCCCUAAAAUGGGGGACUUGGAAGCUAUCUUUUUUUUUUUGAUUUAAGAUUUGCCGUACUUUUCAAGUAGCAAGCAAGUACGCAGUUUCUUAUAUAAGCGGUAGUCUACUGUUCCUUAUUCUUUAUGAUCCAUUUUUAUGUGUUUAAUAUCAUUAGGUCUUUGAUGCAUUCACCCGUAUAGCUGUUUGCAAAUAAAAAUGCUAAAUUGUUUUUUUGUUUUAUCAACCUACUCGUGUCAAAUAUUCUUCAUUUUGCUUUUAAGCAGGUGCAUUUAUAAGAGGAGUCGCAUGGUAAAGCAACAAAUAUGUGGAAAUUCAAUUAAUAAAAUUACAGUGGAACACAAUUCAUAAAAUAAAUAGCAAUAUUCAAGUAGGAAAGGUAUAUUUUGUUUUUCAAAGUUGU